AUGCGCGCCGCCCUGCAGCUCUCGCGCCGCGUGCGCCCCCACUCUGCGCGCCUCCUGUGCUCUCCGCUCGCGACCGUCGCGCCCGCGUCGCUCGCGGCCUCGUGGGACCGGCCGUUCCCGUCGAUUCUCGUCACGGCCGACGGUGUGUCGGCCCAGGGCUCGUUUGCCCAAGCGCAGGCGAGUUACCUCGAGCCCGACGUGCAGGCGGUCGAAGCGCUCGACGCGCUGCUGCACGAGAAGCAGAUGGGGAUCGUCGCGCACUUUUACAUGGACCCGGAGCUCCAGGGCGUCUUGUCGUCGCUCACGUGGCCGCACACGUGCAUCGCCGACUCGCUGGCCAUGGGCGAAGCCGCGGCCAAAAUGGCGCUCCAGGGCGUCCAGUCGGUCGCCGUGCUGGGCGUCGACUUUAUGGCCGAGAGCGUGCGCGCGAACUUGGACUCGCACGCCUUUGCGCACGUGCCCGUGUACCGUCUGGCCGCGCACAAGAUUGGCUGCAGCUUGGCCGAGUCGGCGGAGAAACAGGCGUACCUCGCGUACUUGCAGAAGGCGGCCCAGACGCCCACGAGUCUGCACAUUGUGUACAUUAACACGUCGCUGCGGAGCAAAGCGUUUGCGCACGACGUGGUGCCGACGAUCACGUGCACGUCGUCGAACGUGGUGCAGACGGUGCUGCAGGCGUUUGCGCAGGUGCCGGACGUCCGCGUCUGGUACGGACCCGACACGUACAUGGGCGAGAAUCUGCAGCAGAUGUUUGGCCACAUUGCGCAGCUGCCGGACGACCAGAUCCGUCGGAUUCACCCGCAGCACAACCAGAAGACGGUCGCGGAGCUGCUCACGCGGUUUGACUACUUUAAAGAGGGCAACUGUGUGGUGCACCACAUGUUUGGCGACAAGGUGACCCAGCGCGUUCGGGACGACUAUGGCCAUGCGUACUACACGGCUCACUUUGAAGUACCUGGCGAGAUGUUUACGCUGGCAAUGGAGGCGCAGAACAAGGGUCGGGGUGUUGUGGGCUCAACGUCGAACAUUCUGAACUUUAUCAAGGCCAAGACGGCGCACGCACUGCAGACCGGGUCUGGAGAAAGACUGAGCUUUGUGCUAGGAACAGAGGCUGGUAUGAUCACGUCGAUCGUGCGCGGUGUGCAGGACAUGUUGAACGCUCAACAGGGUGGUGUCAAGCCAGAGGUUGAGAUCAUCUUUCCUGUGUCGGCGGAUGCGGUUGCCAUGGAAGGAGAUGAGUUGGUGCCUGGCGUUGCGGGGGGCGAAGGCUGCUCGACCGCGGGAGGUUGUGCCACGUGUCCGUUCAUGAAAAUGAACGACAUUGAUGCUUUGUUUCGCGUCGUGGAAGGUGCGCCUACAAACGCGAGCGACGCCGAUCCGCUGGCCAAGUUCUACCCGCAGACGUACAGCGAGCGCAUUAAGGGCAAGACCGUCACGGACAUUGGCAUCCAGCCCAUUUUGCACAUGAAGUCGUUUAUGGACGGGCAAAAGUUCUCUGACGCGCUUGUGAAAGACAUUAAGACGCGGACGCCUGGCGCUGGUUGCCCGAGCAAUGCAUAG